CCGAACAGUGCACGAACGUUGUCCAUGGACAGGCCGACACGAGCCUGCCCGAUGACGACUCCUCCGACGCGACGAGCGCAGCGGCGUGCCGAUAAGUCCGGCCAGAGCCAGGUGUCGCCGACACAACCGAGGAGCCAAAGAAGCUAUCGAUGUUCGGCGCGUUGCGGCACGCGCCAGUUCCUUCCACCUACCACCGCCGCUACUUCACUGCCCCUCUUCUCUCCACCGCGGCCAGGAGCAGCUCAGCUCGCGCACGCGCUCCCAUGGCGGUCUCCUCGGUUCGAAUUGCGGUCGUCGGAGACGUCCAUGAUCAAUGGGAUCUCGAGGAAGACACCAAGGCGCUCCAUUUCUUGAAGCCGGAUCUGGUGCUCUUCACAGGUGAUUUUGGUGAUGAGAAUGUUGAGGUGGUUAGAAGCGUUGCUAAGCUUGAAUUUGCAAAAGUAGUAAUUUUGGGAAAUCAUGAUUCCUGGUUCACUCAGCAAUAUUCUGGAAAGAAGAAGGAUGCCAUUCAACUGCAGCUAGAAUGUCUUGGAGAGGAGCAUGUGGCCUAUCGGCGAUUGGAUUAUCCUCAAUUUAAGUUGAGUGUUGUCGGUGGACGGCCAUUUUCUUGUGGCGGUGAGAAGUUGUUCCGAAAGAAGCUCCUAUCUGCAGGAUUUGGAGUUGAAGACAUGGAUCAAAGUACUCGGAGAAUCUAUAAAGCUGCCGUGGGGACUCCAGAGGAUCAUUUGGUUAUAUUACUUGCCCAUAAUGGACCUACAGGUCUUGGAUCUAAUAUUGAUGAUAUUUGUGGAAAGGAUUGGGUCGUUGGUGGUGGCGACUAUGGUGAUCCAGACUUAACUAAAGCCAUAUCCGAGCUAAAAGAGAAUGCAAAAUUCUGGAUGCCACUGGUCAUAUUUGGCCACAUGCAUAAAGAGCUUGCACACGGUAACGGUCUUAGGAAAAUGAUAGUGGUGGGGGAUGAUGGAAUUAUAUAUCUUAACGGGGCCAUCGUCCCUCGUGUCCGAAUUUUGACUAGUGAGCUGACUGGGAACACAAGUCUCAAUAGCAAUGAGGCAUCGCAUUCCGAUAUGGGUUCCGUGCGAGCUUAUACUACUGUUGACAUCUCGGAUGGAAGAGUGACCAAGAUUGCAGAAUGUUGGGUCUCCGUUGUCGGUGAAACGACCAAGCUACAAGAGGAGCACAUACUUUUAAGCGUUGCAUAAUGUCUGUCAUGUUAAAAGUGACAUCUUAUUUAUUGGCUGCCCUCUUGGCCGGAAGUAUAUGCCCGGCUUUGAUCAGAUAUAUAAACAGCCUUCCCCUGUUAAGGCUUUUGUUCUUCUAUCUGGUAUCUAAUGGUCCUUAUUAGUUGCUUUGGUGCAGUUGUACGGGAAAAGAAUGAUCCAGAAACUAAGUCGCUUGUGUGCCUUGUAACUAUAUGAGAUCAAUGAAAGUGUUUUAAGUUGACCAA